GCACCCCACUUCAGUUUCAGUUUCAGUUUCAACACCACCGCACGCAUCGCUCGAUCCCGCAUCGGCGACGAGAGGGCGAGAUGCCGGCCAGCAGCCACCCGCCGUCGCCUGCGUCUCCGCUGGAGGACGACAACCUGGUACCCCAGAUCCUCCUCCGCCUUCCUCCGGAUCCCUCCUCGCUCCCGCGCGCAUCCCUCGCUUGCACGCGCUGGCGCAACCACGUCGCCGACCCGGGAUUCCGCCGCCGAUUCCGCCUCCACCACUGCCGCAACCCUCCCCUUCACGGCUUCUUCGACGGUUGCGGAAGCCUGGACUUCCUGCCGACGCUGGACGCCCCCGAUCGCGUCGCUCCCGAGCGCUUCUCCCUGAAGCUCGACGAGGGCGACGGCGUUUGCAGGCCGCUCGGAUGCCGCCACGGACUGGUGCUCAUCAUCGUCCCGAAGCGUCUCCAGGUCCUGUUGUGGGAACCCUUCACCGGCGACCAGCACCGCCUCGAUGUUCCCCCGGGGCUCACGACGAAUGGUUGCGAUGCGAGCCGGAUCAACGGGGCGGUGCUUCGCGGUGCCGCCGGGGACGCCGAGCACUUCCAGGUGGUCUUGGUGGCGGCAGACGGCGGGGUAGAAAACCGACGAGCAGUGGCCUGCGUCUACUCGUCGGAGGCCGGCGCAUGGGAAAGGUUCAUCACAACACCCCUUCCAAACCAUGGUCAUGCGAGCAGCUUAUUUCUGAGGUAUCCCACCAGCGUUUACAUGGAUCAUGCUGUGUUGGCUGGAGAUUCCCUUUACUGGCAGCUCAUUGGGAAUUUUCAAGGAAUUCUCCAGCUUGAUUUGGAGAGGAAGAGGCUGGCUGUAAUGCCGGUGCCGGUGCCAAUCUAUAGCAAGGGCAACUGCUUCAAGCUUACGCGGGCCGAGGGUGGUGGUGGUGGCAUAGGAUUCCUGUUCAUGUCGAAUUCGGACUACAUUGCCCAGUUAUGGAGGAGGAAGACCGAUGCCGAUGGUGUUGCUUCAUGGGUGAUUGGAAGGUCUAUCGAACUCGACAAGUUACUUUCGCUCCGUUCAGGGAUGGAGAACAUACGGAUCGUAGGGUUUGCAGAGGACAACAACGUGGUACUUAUGGAUAUGCUAAGUGGCUUCUUCAUGAUCCAACUCGACUCACUGCAGUUCAAGAAGCUUGCCAGACCCAAGGCAGCGGUGUCCUGUUGUCAUGCGUUUGAAAGCGUUUACGCUGCUGAAACAAGCAUUGGUGGUAGACAUGAUGGAGCUGAUCUUUUGCAUAAUACAUAAGAUGAUUCUCCGGUCAGAUAUGCUAUGUGAUGUACCGGUUGAAUAGGUAUCUACAAUUACAUUCUGGUGUCUCGGAUGCAAAAAUGGGUUGUCAAGUGUAGUUUCUUCCAUUUGUAUGCUCGACGCCGAGAUACCAACCCAGCAUGAACACAGCUCUUUAUUCUGAAGUGAACUUUCUUGCAUAUGAUUAUCUUCCAUGUUGUAUCAGCGGGGAGGGAUUUGUAUGUCGGAUUUCAUGUAUGCGUGUGUUUGUUGAAUUUCUACCUGGUUUCGAACUCAGUAUUUGGAGCCUUAAUUUGCUUAGUUGUGACUGAUGAA